CGACUGCAGGUCGUGCUGUGUAUUCUCGCGACGUUCCUCCUGGGUACCCCGAUCUGGUGGAAGACAACGGAGGUCCACAGGGCGCCGCUUCCGGUGAAAAAAAUAAAAGCUUGGGUGUUACCAGAGGUAGAUAUAGGAAGACGAUGGCGGAGGUGCAUACUUGCCGAGUGGGAUAAUAUGCGAACAAUGAAAUACGCCGCUCAGUAUCAAGUGACAUUUAGUCUGUUAGUCGCGAAUCCAUCCGACUUCUUAGUCAGUUGGGACAUCCAGGAUGCUGUAAAUGCGUACAUCGAUCCGCUGUUCGAUGCAUUGUCCGACAUAUCAGACUUCGACGUUCAUUCGCAAAUUCAGAACUAUGCGACAUUGCCAGUCACACCAGAGAUUGUGGAGAAAGAUGGGCGGAAGCUACAUAUUCUGAAGCCCAGCGUUCUGCCUAGAUUUAUCAACUCCGCGGAAUGGACUCUGGCUUCCGUGGUGUCCACGGCACCUCCGUUGAAUCAUAUCUUGUACAUCCCGUCUCUCGAGCAGUCGCCUUUGCAGCUUGUGAAAGAUAAUGGCGAACCCCUUUCGACAAACGCCUUCCUCAUGCCUCGUUGGGGAGGUGUUGUCAUUCAGAACCCGGAGGUCCGCGGAAAGGGCUCGCGCAUCCACCUGAAUGCAACCUCGUUGCACCCAUUCAUGGAGGUAGCGGUCGCGCACCUUCGUGACUUGCUUGGCGUCAAGAAAGUGAGGAUACCGAACGCCGACUCAGUUCUGCCUGAGAUCUCGUCCAUCGUGUACGCAUCAGCGCCUUUGACGGGUUUGACUCAGUGGGAGCAUGGCCGCUUGGUGCGAUGGCGGACAGUGCAAAACAUGGUGGAUGCCAUCGACACUUUGAACUCGCUCUCCAACCUGAUCGAGCGGUUAGAGAGUAUGGUGGUCCUCGACGACAUUCAGUCGCAGGUCGUUCAAGCUCUCCAAUCUCUACGUGAAGCGCAUAAAACCCUCUCCCAAUCUCAUACACCAUCCGAGUAUACCCUGGCCUUGCAGCACUCCAAAAAAGCCACCGUCCUCGCCUCAAAGGCGUUCUUCGAUCCCACCAUGCUCGCGAUGCUUUACUUUCCAGACGAGCACAAAUACGCGGUAUAUAUGCCACUAUUUGUCCCAAUUUCGGUGCCGGUUCUUGUCGCAGCUAUGAAGGAGCUCAAGAGGGCUUUAAAACGUCGUAAGGCGAAGAGAGCGGGAAGAGCCGGGAAAGAGACGGGAGGGGGGAAUUCGCCAGCGAUUGGUUUGGAUGGUCCGGAUAUGGAUGCCGACGAGGAGGAUGGGGCCGAAAAGGAGAACAAGGAGGAAUAG